AUGGGUGACGGUUUCAGACACAUCGAAAACUUGACGCCAGGUAACUUCGAUCGCAAACGCCGCGUUUCUGCAGAAGAUGCCUCGCUGCAGCAGGCUCGUCGUGGAGCUGCGCAGAGGGAUCGCGAAUCGGCCUUCCCACCAACCCCGCCUUCGAGGUUGAGGACCUUGCUUCUGCCUGCUGAACAGCAAAUUGCCGCCACACAAUAUUUUGUUGCUUGGAUAACGGCAGUCCCGGCUUUGAUCACAACCAGAAAAGAGGAAAUUCUGCCGGAAUUCGUCAGCCGAUGUGAAAGCUUGUUGAGCCAACCUGAUACUCCGAUCGCGGACGACUGCCACCCACUGCACGAGGGGCGUCGAAGCUACACCAUCAGCUGCGUGGUGAAUCUCGUACUUCGAGCAGCUGAAGAUGCUAUAUCAGCAGAAUUACAGACCCCUGGUAGCAUAAACGAGCUGCUACUCCUAUUUUUAAAGAAAUGGAGUCGGCCGUCAACCUCCGGUCCUAUCGCCACCGUCGAAGCUGUCAGGAAGCGAAAUCGUGCUCACGCAAUUCCUUUAUUUAACGAUGGCCAUGGAUUACAGCAUUUAUCCCUGUUAGAGCUAUACCCACUAUCCACGACACUGAGAAAGGUCGUGGCGAGCAAAAAUCCCCGAGAUAACAAACCUGAUGAGAACCUGUAUCCCGCUUGUCAGGUCUUUAUGGGGGAAGUACUUCAACACUUGAAAUCGACCAAGGUCAAAUGGGAAGGGACGUUCACUCUGUCGAGCGACGAUCUCCAGAGCCCUGCUUCGAGACAAUACCUGCUACGGCUCAGAAACAAAGACGAGGAUGACUGCAUUGAAUCGAAGUCACAGAUCGCAUUCAGCUUGGCUGUUCCGUACUUCAUAGGAACCAAACAAAUCCAGCUUUCAGAUCAAGGCCAGGACUGGCGUUUGAAUUGGCCCAGUAACAAAGUUCUCGUGUUUGUGGAAGAAUUAAGGCUCCUCAGCGACGGCCACUUGCAGAUUCACGUCCAAAGCUUCAAAAAAGUGCUCGCUACCAACACUUAG